AUGAGUGUGCCUGCUCCAAACUCCGCAGACACGAUAUCUGCACCACAAACAGCUGAUUCUAGACCAGCUGCUCAGAAUCAAGCAUCACAACCACCACAAGAAAAGAGAGAGGCAAUAGUGCCUCGUGAUGUACGAUUGCUUCAUUUGAUAUUUGCUACUCAAGGAAUCCAAAAUUAUCAAGAUCAUGUUCCCUUACAAUUGAUGGAUUUCGCCCACAGGUAUACCAAAUCGAUUUUAAAAGAUGCUCUUAUAUACAACGACCAUGCUAAGCCAUCGACCUCCAAUUUGAAUUCAAGUGCUAACAGUACAGUCAAUACCGAUGAUAUAAGGCUUGCUAUCGCUGCCAGAGGUAACUAUCAGUUCAAGCCGGUGCCACCGAAGGAACUAAUGUUGGAGCUAGCACAAGAAAGAAAUUCGAAGCCAUUGCCUCCGGUUAUACCGAAAUGGGGCUUAAAUUUGCCUCCAGAAAAGUACUGCUUGACAGCGAAGGACUGGGAUAGCGUUUAUGAUGAUCCAGAAGCUGAUGGUAGAGAUGUCAAUGAUGGACAGAGGAAGAAGUCUAAACCAAACUAG